CGCCCGAGGGAGGAGGCUCAAGCCGCCGCCGCCGCCGCCGCCGCCGCCCUGUGCUCCUCCUGCCGCUGAGUUAGAGCCGAGGGGCGGAACCGAUCCCCACACCGGCCGGCCGAAUGGAGGCGCAAGACGGGGCCGGCAUCCUAGAACUGUCUAAAGAAAUCCAGUCAUCACAGACGGCUCUGGUAGUGCCGGGCCAUGGGACAGGAGAAGGCUCCAGCACUUCCCUGGGAGAAGAGGAGGAGGGAGGGAUUCCGAUCCCUGCUCCCGGACUCCUGCAGGUCACGGAGAGAAGGCAACCUCUGAGUAGCGUCUCCUCUCUGGAGGUCCAUUUCGAUCUCCUGGAUCUUACGGAACUGACCGAUAUGUCUGACCAAGAACUGGCUGAAGUCUUUGCAGACUCGGAUGAUGAGAAUGCUGCAAAUGAGUCUCCAGCAGGUUUGCACACACACCCGCUCCCUCGAGCCGGCUACCUGCGCUCCCCUUCCUGGACCCGAACCAAAGCUGAACAAAACAGAGAAAAAAAGCACCUCAGUGACUCUGAGCUGCAGGCUGGGAUUGUGGACACUUUUCUCACUAUAGAGAGGCCCAAGGAAAACUAGCUUCUCCUGCAGCCCUCCGGGAGCCGCGUUGAGGGACGAGACAGGAUCCACAGUUGUACUGAUCACUGGCCGGUUUUGAUGCUGACAAGAACCUUGACCUGAGACUUUGGCGACGCCCGUGGGUCAGAGUUAAUGACCGAGCCCCUCCUUCAUCUCUGCCCCAAUUGCUUUGCUUCCUUCAGCCCCCUUUCCAAGAGGCAGAGCCAGUGUGCCAUGAGCCCAGUCACCCUCAGGCUGCCGGGGUGAUGGUGGGCAGCCCAGGAGGGUGGGUCGGAGGGAAGUGGCAGGGAUUUCGGCCCUUUAGCACUCCUUGCUUCCGCCCACCGGGGCUUCCGAGCCGGAGUAGUUGCUGGAGAAGGUUGGGGCCGAAUUUGUCUUGAACCCAACAUUCUGGAGAGACUGUCCAAGGAGAGGAAGGAAAAGUCUUCUAAGCCAGUGCUAUGAGACAAAGCGCCGCCCAGGCCCUGGGCUUCUUCUGCCAUCCUUUAGAAUAAGCACAGUUUCCUUUCCAGUGGCCUUCCAUCUUCUCUGUGCAUUGGAUCAAGACCAACAUGCAUUUUCUGUGGGACUCUAUUGCUCCGAACCCAGGACGCUGUACCUCUCACCUGAUCAGAAGCUUAGCUCUUGACGGGGAUCUGCCUGGCACCCCAGCAAACUCUGGAAGGGUCCCCAGUGUUAUAGAGAUCAGGUGUGGGAGUGACGCUAAUGGUGGCCACUUCUCCAACAUCCGUGUACCGAUUUAAGGGACCCAGAUUCUCUCUGCUUAUCAACACUUCUGGAAAGUUCCCCUUUUCAGAACUGGUGCUGUCCAGCUCUAAAACGGUCCUGGGAAAGGCUGAAGAGUAGGAGUCAGUUCUCACUGGUAACACUCAAUUUACUUGUUUAUCUCCAGGCGAAAUGGGUGGCCUUGAGGUCCCCCUUUUCCACAAAAGUGGCUCUGAAUUCAGAAGCCUGAGCGUUUCCAUUAGUAUGGAAGUGAAGCUGCCUCUGGGCUGACCUUUUGGAGGCGGCAGAAGGGCUGGGAAUUGGCUUCUGAAGACGUCCACGCCUUUUUGAUUCUUGCCACAUUUCUGCUCCUAUUUUCUCCUCCCAUCCAUCCACAACCCAAAGCCCUUCCUUGGAGAAGCCGAGUGCUGGACCAGCUAGUCACCUAGACCCUUUGUGACCUCUGGGCCGGGCUUUCCCUCGGCCGCCUGAAGGCUGAGGGGACUCUCACCUAUUUCCUACCUUGCUCAGAACACCAAAUAAUGCCAAAACUGCCUACGGAACCACGGCACCUCCCUGAAACGAUUAAGGUGGGGGGAGGAAAAGAGGCUCCCGAGAGGCUCCCCCUCCCCACCCCCACCACCUCCUUAAGGGGUUAUUCUCAUGACAUGAUUUCCUGUCCUCAUCUCUAGUUAAUCUCACAUAAACCCAUGCUACCCUAAAGUAGCUUUGCUACUCUCACCUGCCCCCAGGCUGCUGGGCUGGGUUCUGUCUGGCUUGGUGUCCCCAAAGGAAGCAGGGACCAUUGUUUCCAGCUGUGGCUUCUGGGUCUGCCCAGAGCAUGGACUUCCAAGAUGAGUUUCUCGCCAGCUGAGAUGUAGGACAGGGGAGAAAGUAACCUAGAAGUGCUGAAGAGCUGACAUCUCUUCCAUGUAAAGAGGCUUCUUGUUGACCCCCACAAUUUUAAAUUUCCUUGUUUUGAACAUCAUGGAAACAGGGUCACAGACUGGCACCAAGGAUUGAUACCGUGUCAAAAAGUGGUUUCAAAACAGGAUCCAAACUCACUUUUUCACUUGAACCGUAAAUCGUGGGGCCCUUCCACCAUUUUCCUUUUUCCAUUUAAGCUCCCGGUACAGAUAUACAAUAGGUUCUUCUAACAGAGAUGGAACCAAGUAAAGUAGAGUCUCUGAACACCUGUUAGGUGCAAGGCACUCUGCUAACUGCCGUGGGAACAAGCGAGAACGAGCCCUGGCUCCUGCCCUUGUGCUUCCUGGAUAUGCCAGUGCUGGGAGAAGGCGAGGGCCCGAUUUCAGAGGCCGUUAACUUCCCACACGCUCAGUAGUGCUGGUGAGUCGCCAGUCGGCAGACGUGCCGACACCUCUCCCUCACACUGGCCUGUGCCCGCCACCGGAGGCUUCGUUCGGCUGGCCGGAAUACCCAUGCUGGCAUUCUGCUCUUCCCGUAUCGUGAGCUCUAGCUACAAACUAAGAAUCUGUUAAGAUGGAAACUAUCCACUGCAUUCAACAAAUACGCCAUCACCUGCUGUAAUCUUUGAAGUUAAUUACCCCCCUCCUCCCAAAGCAGCCCCUUUAGAAUGUGGAAAAAUUCACUUCCCCAAAUUUCUAUAAAAAAGGACCAUUUUUUCCUCAACCUGCCAGUACAGCCAAGUAAGCCAGUGACUAGUCAAGGUAUUGAGCAAUGUGAUACUUGACCAAUUCAAUAAAAACCAAUUUCUCACCUUGUUUGGUUUUAAACUUGUAUCAGGUGAAGGCAGCUAGAGCAGGACAUGACACAUCAUUCACCCCUCUGUGACUGUCCCUCUCAUGAAUUGUACUGUUCAUUAGUUCAUGUAGCAGCUUUCUAUAGUGUCAUUUGAAAAAAGGUGUUAUUAAAACCUCAUCCCCUCAA